UUGUUUCUACUUAAGGAGGCUGAUGAGUAUCAUGAUAUCAUUACACUGCCGAUGAAUGAGGGUCGUCCGAAUACAACAAAGUUGGAGUAUAGCAGCAGUGGUUGGGGCUUGGAUGCGCAGAUGGGUAUGAACCGCAAAACAUUUCUUUGGUUUGAAUUGGCACUACGUCUUUUUCCAAGAGUGAAUUAUAUUACAAAGGCUGAUGAUGACAUGUUCUUGCGCGUCCCACAAUUUUUGUCUGAUUUACGUGUCAUACCUCUCAGAGGAAUAUAUUGGGGUGUACCUGUUGGAGGG